AUGAGCUUGAGGUUUGGGAAUGCCAAGCUUGUCUUCAACUCAACAGAUUAUUUACUCGUCAAACAAGACACUGUCACGCAACACAUUGGAAAUGGGUGUGUCUUGGACCCGGACUGGAUUGACAUUGAUAAGGCCAAGCAAUGGAAGGAGAUGUGCUUGUCAUUCCACGGUCCUAAAUGUCAUAAUCCCAUGCGAAUUCGACCAACCCAGCCUGCAUGGCUUAUUGAUGUCCAGCAAAAUUGUAUUUUGCCUGGCAAAAGGUGUCUGAAAACUAAUGGCGACCCUGCCCCCUUUAUAGCACUGAGUUAUAGAUGGGGAGAAAGGACAGGGUUCCAAGCUAGUAAGAAUCAUCUGAAAGUACUUCAAAGGCCAGGUAUCUUGAAGAGCUUGCAUGCUUCAGACCAACUGCCUCCAAUCAUUCGCCAUGCAAUGUAUUUGACAUCAGCUCUUGAAGAACGAUAUCUAUGGGUUGAUGCACUUUGUAUCAUUCAUGGCCAUACUGCAGAAACAGAAUCGCAACUCAGCUCUAUGGGCGCAAUUUAUGCGAGUGCUAUUAUUACAAUUAUUUCUUUGGACCAUGAUGCCUGGGGAGGCUUUCCAGGGCUCAAAGGUAUAUCAAACCCCCGAGGGCUGAAACAAAAGUUCAUUCGAUUUGGUGAUGAAAUGGUUUUUGCGAGGAGUACAGACGCGUUUUCAAUGUGGGGUGGUGCAUAUCAUACACGUGGCUGGACCUAUCAAGAAUUUAUGAUGGCCCAGCGAAGGCUCUGGUUCAGCUGCAAGGAGCUGCAUUGGAAGUGCCAGUGCAGUAUGUGGCAUGAAGAUAUGAUCCUUGGAGCAGAGCUUAAUAGGGAACCAGAGUGGCCAUUAACAACAUUCGUAUACAACUUUGCAGAUCUUAGGGCAUUAUCAGCUAUCGUCACUAGAUUUAACAAUCGACAGUUGAAGUACGAUGGAGAUUCUUUACCUGCUAUAUCUGGUGUGCUUUCUAUUUUAAGUCGGACAUUUGCUGGUGGGUUUCUUUACGGUCUUCCUGAAAUGUUCUUCGACCGGGCUCUAGGAUGGGGUAACAUUGGGACUCAGGCGGCGGAUUCCAUCUGGGCAUGUUCAAGGCAGUCAUCUAUCCAAUGCAAAUUUACCAUCCUGGUCAUGGAGACGUUCCCCAUAACCGAAUGGUACACCAGUUCGAAUGCCAAUCCAGAUAAAAACGGAUUGCGACGGAUCUAUUCUACUUGGUUUACACAACGCGAUGAGUUCAAAGACUUUACCCGACCUCUUCCCGAAGGCUGGACUCGACAUGAAGGACAACCAUCUGAUGCAGGAGGCGGAGAACCGUAUGCCUUCCCUGACGGAUGUGGUGAUGCCUUUUUCACGCAUCGUAGUCUGCCUGGGAAUUGGUACUAUCCGUUCCCAGUUACCGAAAUCCACGAGUCCACACCUACGUGUCUUCCAAAGCAAACCCCAUACAUCUUCUGCCAAACAAAAUCAGCAUGCCUAUGGCUCCGGCUGAACUAUAAAGAUCGUUUCGGGUAUACCCCAUAUAUCUACAACGAGUCCGGGAAUAUUGUUGGAGAAUUAAGGAGUUACGAUCGGGAAGAGCCAUUCCCUGAAUCCGAUAGUGUGCCAGGGCGACCCGUUGAUCUGGUCGCUAUUUAUCGGUCGAAACGAUAUGCUGCGUACCGGACUAUUGAGAGGCAAACAGAUCAUACUAUUAAAACGGAGGAAAGAUACCAAGUGCUGUGGGUGGUGUGGAAAGAAGCAAUUGCAUACCGUCUGGGCUGUGGAUAUGUUAGAAAAGAAGAGUGGGAGAAACUGGACCUGAAGGACAUAUCUUUGGUUCUCGGCUGA